AUGUGUAAGGGCGAACCGUAUACCAGAGACCAAUGCGAGCUUGCCAACUGCAACGGAUGGUCAGGCGUCACCCAGCAAGACUGCCAGGACAAGUGCCAUAACAACGAGAAGCCUGUUGGUUGUCAGCAGGACUUUCAGUGCGUCGCUGCGGUGUUCGAAGCACCCAACUGGUGUCAGCUCUACUCGGUUUGCACAGAGUUUCAUGUCGACAGCAAUGCAGUUUCGAUUGUGAAAAAACCCAGCCCCUUUUUCUUGCAGAUGGUCGACGGAGAUGAGACAUGCCGAGGAUCCAACGGAACUGAGAGUGAGCCACACCCGCCUGAAGCCACCCUGGCGACGGCGUUGCCUUUGGCUAUCAUCAACUUGACAAACUUCUCAGGGCUGAUCACCACGAGAAACUUGUCGCACAUGGGAAUGGAGCACCAUUUUGGGAACCUCGGCUCGGAUCUUCAGCUGUUGUAUGACAAAGUGGAAGGCUUCUACAAAGCCCUCCAUGAAGUGAUGGGGGAGGAUGCGGAGGUUCUCUGCCCACGCAACAACUACAUCUUCAUCGAACAUUGCCUGAAAAUCGCAACUUGCCUCCUGGAUCCUAUGGUGAAAGCUGGUCAAGUCCCCAUGGCCUUCUAUGCAUCCAUGCUCGAACAGCUCGUGAACUUUGAAAUUACUUGGCAAGGCCUCGUUCAGGCUUUGGCGGAGGAAGGAAAUGUGACCAUUGUGACACCAGUUCAGCAUGAGUCCAGCAAGUACCACUGUGACCUCUUUGACACAGCGGAUGGGACGACUCUGGCAGUUCCAAUCACGAACACUUCACUCCUUUCCCUGCGCCAUCAGGACAAGAGCCUGUCUCACCAGGAGGGCCAGGAGGGCCAGGAGGGCCAAGAGGGCCAGGAGUCUCAGGCAUUUGCCACGGCAGCUGCCUUGAGUCACGCCGUCAGGGCCACCCAUGAGCUCUUGGACUCGCUGGGUGAUGCCUCGGGUGACGCGAUGGGUGACUGGCAAACUCAAAAUGCAUCCAUGGAUUUCCAGAGGAUUAAGAAGCAGUUCCAGUCGCAGUGGGACGCCAUGUGGCUUCCAGUCUGUCGGAAGAUGAAUUGUGACCACACGAACUUCUGGGAUAUCAUUCUGUCCAGCUAUGGGCAGACCAUGGCACUAAUGCAAACAGGACCACGAGCCUUUGCCAAGGUAAAGGCUGAGAUCCGGAACAGGGCAGCGUUGCAGCGUCGCUUUCAAGAACGGUUGGCAGUUCACCCAGUGUCUCUGAUUCAGGUUUGGCGUAGAGAUGAUGCGCAGCGCUCUUCACUGGGCAGUGCCGAGGCCUACGGCCAUGCUGGGCAUUUGGCGGUGCGCGGCUUCCUGAAGAAAUUCGCGAUGAAGUCACCACAGAGGGCAAUGACUUUGGUUGACAUCGUGGAAUUCGAAAAGUCCAAGAACCAGAAGAACGAGAACGAGAAGAACGUCCAAGGACUUCUUCCGGUUCCGGACAACACCAGUGCCGCUGCCAGCUCUUUCUUGCAAAGUGACAGAAGUGACAGCAUCGCACUUUGGGACUUCUGGAAAAAACUCACUGCUUGCUUUGGAAGCUUCUCGAAGGUGUACUGUCAGGGCUACUUCAUGUCUUGGCCUGCCAAGAUCAGCACAUCCUUUGGAUUGGCGGGCGGAUCUUCCCAUGGACUGGAAGAUUUGAUCAACAAGCUGCAGCCAUCGAAUUUUGUGUCGAUUUGGGGUGCGGUGAGCGUUGGCCAGUCCAUUGCCCAAUUCUGGGCAGGCAUCAGCAUUAGCUUUUCUGUCAGUAUGGGUUGUCCCAACAAAGGGGUCGAGUUCAGCAUCUCUAUUGGAGCUAUGGUGGCAGCAAUGAUACAAUGGUACAAUCCGCUCAUUUGCCCCUUCGGGCCCACUUUCUUUGGAAACCCAUUCAUCCCUUGCUUCCAGGCCUUUGGUGGAACCUUCACCGUAUUGUGUUGCGCCUUCAAUUUGGUCACGGGAGACAACACGUGUGCCAUGCACGACGUGCUCGCCACUUCGCUUGUGCCUUUGAGGACACACCCGCGGCUGGGGCUCGUUGACCACGUGGCCUGCAAUCCUUUGGGCACAGCAACCUCCGCAGUUGAGCUUUGGGUUGACGCUGUUGAUGCACCAUCCUUGCUGCAACAGCUGAAAGACUGGUUCUGGGCACAGGAUGGUUUCGCAGACGAUGCUUUCGCUUUUGCAGAGCAAUAUGCAGACUUCUUUCAGGCCGCCAAGUACUACUUGGACAACGGGGGUGAAGAGCAUCCGCUGGACUGGAAGGAGCUGCAUCAGCACUUCGUCGCACAAUUUGAAGGGCGCUUGGAGGCCUUUCUGGCUUCAAGAGGUUCGGAUCUUGAGGGCUUGGAGGCUGCCUUGCAGUCCACUGAGCUUGAAAGCGAUGAGCAGGCCAAAGUCAUGCUGGAGCUCAUGCUGAACAUCUCUGACUACCAGCCUUGGUUAAAGUCAAUGCUUUCCUUGGCAGAUGAGUGGAAUCGUGGUGAAACUGCCCACGAGGAUCCAGAACCUCCCGACCAAGGAUGGAAUCGACCAGGAUUACCUCCAGCAGCUGAGCUGGCUGCUCGAAUCGGCGCCCGCCUUGGGGACGGUGCCGGUGGAGCCGGUGGAGCCGGUGGAGCCUCUCCAGUGCCGGUUUUCUUUUAUGGUGCAGCGCGGGAGGACUUAAGAUCUCUGGCAGAGUUACGUCGAUGCCUCGGGUACUUCAGUGGUGCGGCCAAAGGAGAAUGGUCCGGCCUGUCCCACGAAAUGAAGACGGCCAUCGUGCAAUUGCCGGCUGAUCGAGGUCCCGUGGGCCAGGUGCACAACUACAAUCUCCUUGUCGUUGCAGACUUGGAAGAGGCUGAAGUAAUGAGGCGAUGUCGAAGGAUUGCCAAGAGCAUUAGCGAAAGAGGUGGUGGCUUGGACAAAGUCGAGACCAUGGCACUUCCUCACGAGAAGGGUGUCGAGGUCGCUUGCAAUCUCCUGGAUGCAGACAUCACCCCGCCAGCAAAGGUCUGCCCUGCUUGUGCCUGCAGUGGAGGCGGCACCGGCGGUGACCAGACAGGAGACAUCAUGGAGGCAAGCGCAGAAGGUGAUGAAGCCUUUUUGAACAAGUUUUCGCGGCAAAAUGCUGCCUUCGGUGCAGAGGUCACCAUGAAAAUGACCAAAAUGAGAGCCCUAGUAGUCGGCUGCAGUGGGGUUGCUGUGGAGAUCGUGAAGAAUCUGGUGCUGCAGGGUCUUGGAGCAGUGACCUUGAUUGAUCCGAAGCCUGCAAAGAUCCAGGAUUUGGGCACAAACUUCUUUUUGUCAGAGGCAGAUGUUGGAAAGCCUCUGGCCGACCUGCUGGUGCCCAAGAUCCAGGAGCUCAAUCCGUUUUGCAACGUCAAGACAGCGCCUGUAUUGAAUGCAGAGGUAGUCCAGCAACACUCUGUGUUGCUGAUCUGCGAAAGCAUGCCGCUGAACGACUUGCUGAAGUGGAACGAGUAUUGUCGCAGCCUUCUACCAAAACCAGUGGCCUUCCUGUACGUCCGGACGGGCGGCAUCUUCGGAAACGUCUUCGUUGACUUUGGACCGUCCCAUGUUCUGGUGGACGCAAAUGGACAGGCUCCCAUGGUCCGCCUUGUGGAAAGCAUUGAGCUUGGACCAGAGGCUCUUGUGCGGCUGAGCAUUCCUGACGGCCAGGCCCCAGGAUCGCUGCCGGAGGGCUGUUAUGUGGAGUUCUCCGAUGUUCAGGGCUGUGAUGGCAUAGAUUCACACCAGGAGGUGUCGCCCUGCGGUGAGAAGGUCACCGCGUGGAAGAUCAGCUCCAAGAGUGACGAUCCCGUGAAUUCCAUUCGGAUUGGUAAUACUUCAGGCUUCCCUGCCUAUGUUUCUGGCGGAAUGGUUACUGAGAAAAAGGUGGGUGUGCCCUACCCUUUCAAGUCUCUGGCCGAAACCCUCAAGGACCCUGGGAUGCCAUUUGACAGCAUGGUUGGAACUGACAUGAUCAACUUUGGAUCAGAGCUGCAAAGUCAUGUUUUGCUCUAUGCUGCCCUUAGCUUGGAAGUUUGA